AAACCAGCGCUAACUACAGAUUUUCUCUUUUUUAAUUUUUUUAGGUUUUUGAGUCAAAUUGAACCGUUGAACUUUACGUGACUGAGACAACCUGCUACUUUCGUUGUGUGCCGCCGUGGUGUUCUUUUCUUUCACUUUCUCGGCAACCAAACAGCGCGAAUUUCAGCUUGGAAUUGGAAUAAUGCACGGGAGGUAUGCGGAGAGAUCAGGCGGUGUGGCGAGAGAGAAGCGAAGUUUGGAUUCGGCUUCCUCCGAAGAAGGACAACCUGAUCGGAAGCGACCUGCUUUGGCUAGCGUAAUUGUUGAAGCCCUGAAGGUGGACAGUCUGCAGAAACUUUGUUCAUCACUGGAGCCUAUUCUACGCAGAGUUGUUAGUGAAGAAGUCGAGCGUGCCUUGGCAAAACUAGGCCCUUCCAAGCUGUCUGGCAGGUCUUCUCCGAAGCGUAUUGAAGGCCCUGAUGGCAAAAAUUUACAGUUGCACUUCAAGACCAGGCUGUCCCUUCCCCUCUUUACUGGGGGCAAAGUAGAGGGCGAGCAAGGGGCAGCCAUACAUAUUGUUUUAAUUGAAGCAAACACAGGCCAUGUUGUCACAUCAGGCCCAGAGUCAUGUGCCAAACUAGACGUUAUUGUGCUAGAGGGAGAUUUCAAUCAUGAGGAUGAUGAUAAUUGGAGUGAAGAUGAGUUUGAUAGUCAUAUUGUGAAAGAGCGGGAAGGAAAAAGGCCUCUGCUAACCGGUGAUCUGCAAAUCACCCUGAAGGAUGGUGUAGGAACACUUGGUGAGCUUACAUUUACUGAUAACUCUAGCUGGAUAAGGAGUAGGAAGUUCAGAUUGGGGCUGAAAGUUUCCUCAGGUUGUUGUGAGGGGAUGCGUAUUCGUGAAGCCAAAUCAGAAGCUUUCACCGUUAAGGAUCAUCGUGGAGAAUUAUACAAGAAACACUACCCACCCGCCUUGAAUGAUGAGGUCUGGAGACUGGAGAAGAUUGGCAAGGAUGGGUCUUUUCACAAAAGGCUAAAUAAAGCUGGAAUAUUUACUGUUGAAGACUUCCUUAGAUUUGUGGUCAGAGACCCUCAGAGACUGCGGAAUAUUCUUGGGAGCGGCAUGUCAAAUAAGAUGUGGGAUAUUCUUGUUGAGCAUGCAAAGACUUGUAUUCUCAGUGGAAAACUUUAUGUAUACUAUCCUGAUGAUGCAAGAAAUGUGGGUGUUGUUUUCAAUAACAUUUAUGAAUUGAGUGGUUUAAUUGCCAACGAUCAAUAUUACUCAGCUGAUUCCCUCUCUGACAGCCAAAAGGUUUAUGUAGACACGUUGGUGAAGAAGGCCUACGACAAUUGGAUGCAUGUUAUUGAGUAUGAUGGGAAGUCUCUGCUAAAUUACAAUCAAGAUAAGCCUUUGGACACUGCUUAUCCUCAGCCUGCAAUGGGCUCCCAUGAAUAUUCAAACUCACCUCAGCAGAUUUCCAUCUCAACUUUGCCACUUCCGGUACAUGGUGGCCACCCUUCAAUGGAGUCAGAAGUAACAGUUGGAGUUGGAGGUUAUCAUGAUGGGACAAGUACCAGAUUCUCCAUGCAACCACAGAAUGCUAAUCUUAACACAUCCGUUCAGUUUGAUGACAAUACAUUUCCUCUACAAAACCAAUUAAUGAGUGUUUCACACCAAGCUCAACUUCCAAGAAACGAAAAUGGGCUGACUCUUGGUCCUCCACAAUCAGUCACACAUGGCUUCCAGACUGCCAGCAUUUCAAAUCCUACUUAUAGAGGAGUUGAAGAGUUCUUCCCAGAGGAGGAGAUUCGUAUUAGAAGUCAUGAGAUGCUAGAAAAUGAAGAUAUGCAACAUCUGCUCCGUAUUUUUAAUAUGGGAGGCCAAGCGCAUCAUUCCUUUAAUACACACGAAGAUGGGUUCCCUAGUUCAUCUGCAUACAUGCCUCCAACCCCCAUGAGCUACAAUUUUGACGAUGAGCCUAACCGCUCCUCAGGCAAAGCUGUUGUGGGGUGGCUCAAGCUUAAGGCAGCUUUAAGAUGGGGUAUUUUUAUUCGGAAGAAAGCUGCUGAGAGACGGGCACAACUUGUUGAAUUGGAUGACUCGUAGCGAUCGGGGAGGCAUUACUCAUCUGUGAUGAUCGGAACAUUAAUUUUUCUGGUUAUAGCAUCGAAGGCUUCUUUCCUGACAUUCAGAAUUGCUAUCUGCUGAAAUUCCAUAGCAUGAGCAAAGAUAUGAAUUAUGUGGUGCAGAAUUAAAGAUUUCACCGUGCGUUGAUCGAUAAACAACUGUGCGGAAACCUAGUUUUCCAGUCACCUUUCCUACCUGCAAGUUGUCAGGACGCAAUCGUUUUCUUCUUUCUAAACUGAAGAGUCUAUUGUUGCUUAAACUAGGGAAGGUCUUAGUGUGGAAUCUCAAGAAACUAGGAUAUUUACUGCAUUUACUGGGUUGUAUUUAAUUCUGUAUAGUAAGCUUUCUGUUCAUUCAACCAAACUGGUGUUACUUGUGUAGUUUCACGUUUCACUGGGACAUUAUAGUUUAAAUCAAUUUGAACUGCUAUUUGCUUU